ACACUGCAUUCGCAUGUAGCCUUCGUUUCAGUUGGCAACGGCCCACACGCUGUAACGGACGUGUUUUCUCUGACAAAAAAUCAUCUGAAAGAUCUGUUUUUGAAGAACGAUUUGAGACGUUUUGAAUUUUUUGAGAAUAAUAUUUGGAAUUUUGAGUGCUUGUGCCCGUGUGAGUCUGCCCAGUGCCCACUGCCCACUGUACACUGUACACUGUACACUGCCCAGUGCCGUGCUGUAAGUGUGUUUUUUUUUGAGUUAUCGCGAUUGCGGCUAAGUGCAAUUAGUGCCACAAAAUUUAGUGCAAUGAAUUGGGAAAUUGUGUGCUCUAGCCAGGCGAAUCAUUAGCAAAUGAAUUAUAUCAGAAGACUCAUCAAAUUCGAUUGAAAUUCACUUGUGUGUGUGUGUGUUUUGAGAGUAAGAGUUUCGGCUCCAUUCCAAGAUUUCCCAGCAAAAGCCGGACAAUCUGCGGCCAGUCACAGAUUUGGAAUCGCUGGAAAAGUGAGGAAUCAGCAGAGCCGUGGGGUAGGACUCAAUCCUACUGAAAAUGAAAUAAGCUGCAGCGGUGCAAACAAAGCCGUCAGCAAAGCGCCGUCUAAGCCACAACAACAGUCGGCAAACGCGGAAAAUACUGCAAAAAGUAGCACAAACAGUCAGCAGAAACAGGAGCAAGAACAUCACUAGCAACAGCUGCAGAAAAAGUAACAGAAAAGUCAGAGAAACAGCAGCAGAAACAACAGAAAGGGGAACAGCAAGGAGUCGCCAGGAUUGCUUUCUUGUACUUUGGACACACGUGCGCCGCGGCUGCGCCGGUGCCCGUGAACGUGCCCGUGUCCCUGGGAGGUCCUGGUCCUGGUCCUGGUUCCAUCUCGGUGACAUUGCCACCCUCAACCAUGAAGCUGUCAAAGCUGUCCAACCAGACGAAUUCCCAGGAUCCGCAGGCGGUAAACUCGCGCAUCUUUGUGGGCAAUUUGAAUACCUUCCAAUGCUCCAAAACGGAUGUGGAACGCAUGUUCCAGAUCUAUGGCCGACUGGCGGGCAUAUCCAUGCAUAAGGGCUAUGCCUUUGUGCAGUUCACCAACCCCUUCGAUGCCCGCAAUGCCUGCCACGGGGAGGAUGGCAAGACGGUCCUCAGCCAGACCCUAGAUGUGAACAUGGUGGCCGAGCCGAAGGCACACCAGAUCGGAAGGAAGCGACAGAAUGUGAGCAAGACGGGAAACGAUUGGGACUACUUCUACGACAGCUACUGCUCCUCAACCCUGCUGCGGGGCGGUGGCGGCGGAGGCGGCGGAGGCUCCAAUGGAGUCCGGGCAAAGAAGCGGAAGCGCCUGAUGACCAAUGGAAACGGCCUGGCCGUGGCCGUGCAACAGCAGCAGCAGCAGCAUGGGCAGCACCAUCACAGUGCAGCCGCGGUGGCCGCUGCUGCGGCGGCAGCCGUCCACCACCAGCACCAGCAACAGCAGCAGCAGGCGCAGCAAGUGCAGCAGCAGCAGCAACAGCAGCACCAUCAUCAGCAGCAGGUGGCUGCCGUUGCCAUGGCGGCCAUGGCCAAUUUGUUGCCGCAACAGCAGCUGCUGCUGCAUCAGCAGAGUCUGCUCUCAAAUGCCGCCACCGCGGCGGCAGUGGCCACCACGGCAGCCACAACGGCGGCUCCCGGUGCCCUCCACUGGUCCCAAUACAAACAGGAGCAACAGCAUUCGCAUCCGCACCAGCAUCCCCAUCAGCAUUCGCAUACACAUCCGCACCAGCACCAGCAGCAGCAGCCCCAGCAGUUUGGAUUUCAGCUGAAGAGCAGCGUGGCUGUCCAGGCGACGACAUCGCCGCAAAAUGCAAAGUCAGCAAUAAUUGCUAAUCAAACGGCGCUCGCCGAGCAGUACCCGGGUGGAGUCAACGUCGGAGUUGGAGUCGGUGUUGGGAAUGGGGCCGCAGCCUUUGCCCAUCAGCAGAAUCAUCAACAGCAGCAGCAGCAGCAGCAACAACAAUUGGGAUGUCUGCUGCAACCAUUGACGCUGGCAUUGUCCCCACAGCAGCCGCAGCCUCAUCAGGCGGCAACGCCGCUUCAGUUGCACAGCCAAUUGAUGCAACAUCAACAGCAGCAGCAACAGCAGCAACAGCAACAGCAGCAGCAACAGCAGCAGCAGCAGCAACAGCAGCAACAACAAGCACAGGAGCAAUUAAGUUUGCAUCAGCACUGGGGACCUUUCAAAGUGUACAGCAAUCCGGACACAUUAAUCUGCGGCAAUUGCCGGGAAUGCUUCGGCGAGCUGUCUGAGUUAUUGGACCACAAGAAAAGUUAUUGCAAGCUGAGGUUCACAUGCAAGUGCCAGGAUGUUGCCUUUGCGGCCAGUGCAAAAACGCCACCAUCGAGCGCCAAAUUGCUUUGCGCCGUUUGCAAGGAUGCUUUCGCCAAUCCCUGGGAUUUGAUGGUCCACGCACAGGCCGCGCACAUGGUUAACAUUUACGAGUUGGGCGAUGAGGCAGCCAAUGCCAAUGCCAAUGCCACCAACAGCGGCGCCGCCACGAACAACCACACAUUGAACAAUGCCAGUGCAACAGUGGAGAAUGGUCAUGCAACGCUGGCCGCUGAUGAGGCUGCCACAAAGCAGAUGCCUGCGUCAUCAACACUUAACAAGGAGCCCAAUAACAAUCACAAAAUUAGCAACAAUAAGCACAGUACCAGCAAUGGCCACAUGUCGCCCACAGGCGAGGGCAUUGUUCUGGCCGGAUCGGUAGAGAAUGGAGCUGCCAGCGACACGGAUACAAACUGCUUGGUGGACAUCAAGUUCAGUCCAAGCCCCAGUCCCAAGGAGGUGCGUGUCAUGGAUAACCGGGCAUGCCCCACCCCAUCAACUUCCUUAAGAGAUCUGCUGAUGCUCAAAACGCUUCUCUUGCAGGACCAGCAGCGUGACGACCUGUCGCUGGACGGCCGGAUGUCCAGCAGCUCGCAGCAGACGCACCACUCGGACGAGAAGCUCCUGAACGGGUCCGUAUCUUCGCGGGGCAGCUCGCCAGGACUCGAGCCCGAUGAGCCGCCGGCCACUCGCGCCUGCAUUGUGCGAACUCUGAGUAUUGAGACUUCUGGCCCCACUACGGCACCAUCGGCGACCACUGCUCUGAGCCUGAUGUCCAAUAGCCUGAGUCUGGCCCUGGCCCCACAAUAGGUCGAUCGGGCAGCAGUAUUCAGAGAGAACUGCCUUUGGAUUGGGGUCUUGUGAGGUGUUUAUCUUUAUCCGAUAUCCGAUAAAAGUGCAAUUCUUCAGUAUUUUUGUAACAGACUAACCGGCGGGAAGAGGACGUUAAUUACAGCAAACAUAUCAUUUUAAAUUAGCUAUAGAUAUACAUAUGUACGUAUGACAUACAGAUAAACCAGAUAUAACUACGGUAGCUAUUACAAUUACAAAGAGGUGUACGAGGUGUACGUAUAUUCGUAUGCAAGUGUACAAUACUUGUAAUCGUAUUGGUCUUUUAUGUUUGGGUUGUUCGCAUGUCCUUUGGGUUUAGCGUUUCAAACGAGGAUAUUUGUUGGGGUUUCAGAACUGCAAAAGUGAACGUAUAGGUAAAAUUAUGGAAGGCUUAAGCUGUCAGCGUCUGUCCGCAGAGUGGGGGAUAUGUGUAUAAUGUUACAAUGGGACAAUGGGACAAUGUGGCAGAUUAAACGGGAAACGGCAACGAGCUUUGUAUAUAGUUAAACAGCAAUUACAAGGAUACAAAUUAAAGAAUCAUAAGAUCAUUGUUAAUGCCCAGGCUUUCAUUGUAAUUUAAUUUUUUUUUUAUAAUCUUUCAAGCUUAAUUAUCGUAGCGAGACAACAAAAUGAAGCCACGCAAAUUGUAUAUCAGAAGUAUAUCAGAAGUAGCAUAGGAACAACAGGUGUUUCAAAAACAAAUUCGGAGAAACUUGUGCGGCAGAGAGCUCUAUUAUAUAGUACUAUAAUCACAUACGCGUAAACUUAAUACCUAUAUAAUCUGUAAUACCCACAAAUAUCAAAAGUAGCGGCUAUGUAAAUAGGAUAAACCUAUACAUUAUGUACUAGCAGGCAACCAAAUUUGUAACUAGUAAAGGUAACAACAUUCAAUUCAAUGUCCUCCAGCUUAAGCAUAUAAACAAGCAAAUGAAAUGUAUUAAACAAAUGGAUAUACCAAAUACAUAUAUAUAUAUACAUAUACAGAUAAUA